AUGGAUGUCGAUGAAUUUGACGACUUAUAUGAAAUAUUUGAUUUCGAAGAGGAUACGAUAAUGAACGACGAAGCAUUUUGUGAUAUGUUUCUUGAUAAGUUUACACGUAAACAUUUGGAAACCUUUCAGAUUAAGGAUGAAGACGCGAAAAAAAACGAAUGCGAUAAGGAUCGACUGAAUUUUUCGCCCCCUCCAAGUGAUUUUGAAUUCUUAACCGAUGAUACUUUGGAUAUUGGUGGUAAUAAUGAUAAUAAUCAAAGGAGUAAGUUAUCUGAAGAUGAUUAUCUUCCGAGUGAAUCCCAAAGUUCUGUUUCAUUCGAGAAGGAAAAUCACACUUGGUUUUCUCCGGAGAAAAAGAAAUCUGAUACUUUGAGAAGGAUGCCAACACCUAUUACGUUCGAAGACGAUCUUAUUUCCCUCGGAGGAAAUAGACAGGAAAAAGUUCUUUCAGAGAAGCAUAAUAUCCAUUUUAAUGUACCACCCCUCGUCUCCAUUUCGGAAAGGCGCUCAGGGACCGUUGCGAGUCACAUAUAUUCAAAAAAAAAAAAUCCGGACGGAAGCAUAUUCUCUCACGUAGCCACCGAAGACCUAGGUUCACCCAAUAGAAGCGUGUUUUCACGGGUAUACUUUAAAAACGAACAAAAUACCAAUUGCAACGUGCUUUCUCGCGUAUACUUCAAGGACAAGAGGAUCACUGCUCAUUGUGGUGUGAUUUCUCGCGUGAAUUUCAAGAGCAGUUCACCCGGACCAUUAACUAAGAGCUGUGGCACAGGCCACGCCGCAACACGCUUCAGUCCUCUCAUCGAGAUCGAUAAUAAAGAGGUGAAUACCGGUGUUCCUCUCAAUGCAUGGUCACAUCCUGUCUACAUUAUACUGUAUCGUCAUUCAUCUAUUAAUUUGUAUACUGUUAUUUUCCACCUCGCACAUCUUUAUAAAAAAAAAAAGUGCAUGAACGAGUCAUUAGUGUUUCAAAACAUUUCCAAGGGAGAUCUUGAAGAAAAGUCGUCAAUCAUUUUACACCUUCAAGAAUUGAAAAUUGGAAGUUUUACCAAUGAUUUUCCAUGUGCGAUUGAAUUGAACCCAAAUACCCAUACGAUAAAUUUUGUUAAUCCGGAAGUCAAAGAUGAAAAGGUUGAGGAUUAUUUUCGUCUUAACAUUCACAUCAAAGGUGUCGAGAACUACCUAAGGGACGGGUAUGAAAUCGAGAUGGGAUUAAAGAAACAAAUCAGAAGAUGGAUAAUACCUGUUCAAAAUGUCAUAGGCAUGGAUGAGGUUAAACUCUCGGUUGACUCAACAGACGGCAUCAUCAAGGCGGAAUCAAUCAAUAUGGUUGUUUCCGAUCGAGAGGAACUUCGUAAUCUCAAGGAUUUGGAUAACAUGUUCAGAGAAAUACAGAAUUCUGCUGCUGAACCGGUCACGAUAGUGAAUAUACCCGUUGCGAAGUUUCCGAUCCUUGUGAAUUACGAAAGGAAACGAAUUCCUUUUUGGCUACCGUCAAACACCUCGCUAACAGAAUUCCUUCAGCUGAUGCAGCAAAAAUUUAAUGACCCGACCAUUCGUCAACCAUUCUCGUGCGCUGUGAACGGUAUCAAUGGAAUUCUGGGAGUUUAUGAUGAAAGGGAUUGGGAAGCGUGUAAGACAAUGAUUAUGGAAGAUUGGGAUGAAUUUGACGAGAAAGACAAGGACGAGAUAGCGCUUGAGGUGUACAUUGAGAGGAAGAAUUAUAAGAAAUACUAG